AGAAUGGACUCGUCUGCCUCUUCUACCAAUUCUCUUAAAAGUUUGCUCGCCGAGCAUCUUCCCAAAGAUGUGCCCUUCACAUUUUACCACAUCUCGACGCCGCCUUCCAAAUCGCCCGCCCUCUUCUCCGCGCCGCCGCAAUCCAAGCCUGAGCGAACAUACUGCGAAUCUCACUUCCUCACUGUCUCGAUAACACCUACGAGCACCGACUCCCAGACCGAACUCAAAAAUGGCGGUCAGAUGCUCAUUCUUGCCAUUGAGGUCCUGAUCUACUCGACCAAGAAGCUCACCACUGUCUUUGUCUCAAAAGCCGACUCCACGGGCUGCAUAUCCGCAUUGAAGCUACCUAGAGGGCAAGCUGGGAGCCCUUUGAAGGCGGUUACAGGCGCCUUUGUGGAAUGGCUGGUCCAUGAGAGGCAGAGAGUUGGUAAGAGGCUAGUGGUCAGCUUAUUUGCGCGGGCGCAGGACCAGUAUCUCUUCCCUGGAAGCGUGGAGAAUGCGGAGAAGCAUGUGCUGGACGACCGAGGGUUGAUACGGUGGUGGUGUCGGGUGCUAGAUCCAGUUGUGAAGAGCUAUGCGCCCGAAGCGGAGAAGAAGAGUUUCGAACAGAAGCUGGCUGAGAGUGCUGGCACGAAUGACUAUGCUGCGAGCUCUAAGGAGGCGAGGAAGCAGCAAGAUAAGACGACAGCAAAGGGCUACCUCAUUGUACCCGGCUUCGAUAUCCACGAGACUAUGCGCCAUACUCCCUCCGCCUCCCAACAACAGCAUCGCUGGACACCCUCCCAUCCUCUCCUCCAACUCGCGCCGAAUCCAGCCGCACCACCGCGUUGUUUAAUACCACACUUCCCAGACGACCCCAAAUCCCGCUUUUUAGAUGAGCUGGACGAGGAGCUUCCCGACCACGGCAGCGGCGCCAUGAGUGAGCCUGGUGGGACACCCAGCCGCAGCAACGGCAUGUGGAAAAGCGUCAAGAGCUUAGAACAAUUCUGGGACAUGAUGACAUACCGACAGGAGUGCUCUUCAGGGCGCUGUGUAGGUUUCAUAUGGGUGGUUAUCACGCCGCCACAGCCAUCAAUCCCCGAAGACGACGAGGAACAAGAAGGAGAAUCACAGUCGCAAUCGCAGUCCCAAUCCCAAAAUGACUCCCAAAACACCCUUUCAUCUCCCAAAAAGCCUUCAAAUCCACGCCGUCGAAUAUCCACCCGUUCCGGCCCAAUUCCUCCCAGGCUCCCCCGCAUAAAAUCUGCCGUUUCCUCUCUGUCCAACCUCUCGUCAUCAUCGUCCGCCUCAAAUGGCCGACUGAAGUCUCGCCUUCCUCCUGAAUCAACGCCCUUUUAUUACUGGCCCGCCACCUCACGCGGCAACCUCCUCUUCUCGCAAAAGGACUACGCCCGCGCCCUUGAAGUCCUCCUCCAGCAAAAUUUCUCAACUCGCACCGCGGCCAUACGGAGCUCAGGGGCUUGGGUCAGGGAGGUGGGCGUGUUGGCGGGUGUAGGCGCAGAUGGGUGGGGGUGGCGCGUUGUGGGACGUAAGGAAGGGAGUAGCACCGCGAACGGAGCUACAGGGGGUGCCGUGAACAUUCUGGGCGUUAGGAAGAAGAGGAAAGUAGAUGGAGGUGCCGAUGAGGGCUCAAAGAGGGAGGAGGGCGAGGCGAAUGUUUUGGGCAGCGGUUUGGUGCGGAAGAAGGCCAAGGUGAUGGAGGAUGGAGACACGAGCGGAAGUGGUGCUGGAGUCAAUGUCCUCUCCGCGGGAUUGGUCAGAAAGAAGGCUAAGCCAGCUUGAUGGCAUGGAGGAGGGGCGCUUGGGUUAGGUUUUGAUCUUUGGUUUGAUUUGAAUGGGCGGGGAAAACUGCAUGGGCAUCUGGGCUGCGCGGCUUCUCCCAUUAGGAGGCACUGACUAGAUGCCAGGCUAAUGUGUAUCAAUAAUGAAUUAACAAUGGAAGAUCAGUUCUACGCA